AUGGAGCCCAAAUCAUCAGCCUCAUUCGCACUAGCCCUUUGCCUCCUCCUUCUCCCACUACUUUCCCACGCUCACGGCCAUCACAACAACUCAACCUCGCCACCAUCUCCAUUUGCCUUCCUCCAACACCUCAAAGGCUGCCACAAGGGCGACAAGCUCAAAGACAUCCCCAAGCUCAAAUCCUACCUCCACAAGUUCGGAUACCUCGACUACACCAACCAAACCUCCCCUUCCAACCACUCCACCGACCGCUACUUCGACCACCGCCUCGAGAACGCCCUCAAGACUUACCAGGCCAACUACCACCUCAACGCCACGGGGGCUCUCGACUCCGCCACCUUGGCCUCCAUGAUGUCCCCGCGCUGUGGCGUGGCUGACAUCAUCAACGGGACCAACUACAUGCAGAACCGACGCGGUCACAGCCACAGGCUGCACGCGGUGGCUCACUUCUCUUUCUUUGAAGGGAGGCCCAGGACUGGAGGGGACCCCGGGAGCACCGUGGACAUCACGGUGGGGUUCCACCGUAGGGCCCACGGGGACGGGGCGGAUUUCGACGGAGAAGGUGGCGUGUUGGCUCACGCGUUUGCGCCGGAGAAUGGGAGGUUUCACUACGACGGGGACGAGAGGUGGGGGAUCAGGAACCCCGGGGCGUUUGACUUGGAGACGGUGGCGUUGCAUGAGAUCGGACAUCUCUUGGGGCUCGGCCACAGCGACGUCCGGGAGGCGGUUAUGCUCUCCGGUAUCGGUGUUGGUCAGUGA